AUGUUAAACAAUUCGUACAAUCCAAUACCAUUUGAUCAUACAUAUAUAUUAUACGAUCCAAAUGAUAUAUUUUCAAUAAUAUCCGUUCAAUUUUCAUUAUUACCUAUUUAUAUCAUGGUAUUUUAUACUUCAUGGUUUUUAAUUACUCAUGAAAUUGAACCAGUUAUAGUAGUUGGAGGACAUUUAAUUAAUGAAAUUAUAAAUAAAUUAAUCAAACAUAUGAUAAAACACCCAAGACCUGAUUUUCAUAAAGGUUUCGGCGCUGGUUCUUAUUCAUUAACUUAUGGUAUGCCAUCUGCUCAUUCACAAUUUAUGGGAUUUUUUAUAACUUAUUAUAUAUGUGUUAUAAUAUUUAAAAUACCAUUGAAAAAAUGGCAAAAAUGGUUAGGUUGUAGUAUUUUAAGUUUUUGUAUGUUUGGUGUUGGAUUUAGUAGAAUUUACUUAUUAUAUCAUCUGUUUCCACAAGUUUAUGUUGGUUUUUUAAUAGGUAUUACAUUUGGUAUUACAUUUUUUAUAAUUAGUUCAAUUGCAAGAGAUUUAGGUAUAAUUGAUUGGAUACUAAAUUGGCCAAUUGUAAGAUUUUUUUAUAUUAAAGAUACUUAUUAUCAUAAUUAUCAAUCAUAUAAAGAUGAAUUUAAUCAUUAUUUAGAAUUGAAAAAGAAGAAAAAGAAAUCAUUAUCUAAAAAAUAUUUAUAG